UGUAUGGGGAUUGUAGGCCAUGUACUCCCAUGUGAUUGCAUGUGCUGUGUCUUUCCUUCUUAACCCCACCACCUUCCCUCCUCUUCUCUUUUCAGAAAAAAACAAAUAAAUAAAGCCUUUAACUCCAUUUCCAUUCCUCUAUUCUUUCAAGUUUCACCUCUUUCUUUCUUCACUUUCUGCUACACUUUUGUUGGAUCCCUACAACCCUGCUAGUGCAUGCUCCAUCUGCAAGAACCCAAUUUUUUUUUUUUCAGAUUGCUGCCAUGGAUCUCCGGUUAUAGAAUCAAGAUCAAUUAAUUUAAAGAAAGGUGAUAAAAGAUGCAUACUUCUAGCAAGCUUACUAAAGAAUUUACCAAGAAAUGGGUAAAGGGUCUUCAAAUAUGCUGCUCAUCAAAAAAAGAUAUGGAUGUCUUGGAGAGAAAGAAGAAAAUAAAGCUUUGUGCAGACAUUGCUUUGGCUUCAGCCAAAAAUGCCACAACUUCAUGGAGCAUUGCUCUAAUUUCGGAAGCUAAAAAGAACGACGAAAACGAGAUUCUAGUUGAUAACUUAUUAGGGCCCGAGUCGCGGUUCAAGCAACAAAAGAUUAUUCGCCAAAUGAAUUCUUGCCAUAAGAGGGUUAGAAGCAAGAAGAUCUUGAAAAAGAGUUGUAGUAUUAGCCAAAGAAUGAAGAAGAUGGGUCCUCCUAAAUCGAAUUUGGCUGCUUACAUCGCGAAAAGAUUGGUUAAGAAGAGAACCCAAGUGCUUCAAAGGCUUGUUCCUGGUGGAGAAUCCAUGGAUGAAUUCUCCCUCAUCAAAGAAGCUUUAGACUACAUCCUUUCACUUAGGGUACAAGUGGAUGUGAUGAGAAAUCUCGCUAAUGCGACCGAGGUUUUAAAUCAAAGCAAUUCGUCGAAUGUAUUCGACUAAUAUAUACCUUCAUUUCAUUCUCUUUCUUUAAAACAGCAAGAUGAAGAGAUGAAACUAUACUAGGACUCAAGUUCUUGAAACAAACCAUGCAUGUACAGGAGAUCAAUCUUGCAUCUUUUGCUGUCAAAACCAGUGACAACCUCAUGCUGGAUAUCAGGAAAAGGCUGUUUUUUUUGUCUUGAUUUCAUAUUCCCAGUUGAAAAAAAAUAACAAAAAAUUACUGGUUAUUUCAUGGGUUACUUGGUUUUUCUCUUGCUAGUUAGGAUCAAGAAUAUAGUAUGAAUUUUCUUGAUUUAGCUAGCACCUGUGUAACUUCAUUUCGUUAUAUUCUCAGGUUAUUUGUGUUUGAGUUGUUUGGAAAUAUUGAAUGUGAGGCAGAAAAUUGAGACAUGUGUUGGCAUGUUACAUGA